UCAUUAAUCACGUAGUCACGUAAGCGUGGUAAACGUUUGCAUGUCGUACGUUGCACUUUUUAACGCUAAAUUUUAUAUAAACACACGAGUAAACAUUAGAAAUUUGGGAAUAUAGACUACAAAUAGAUCAACAUCGGUACGAAUCUGUACUUGAAAUUUACAGUAACGGAUCGAAACAGAAAAAUGAAGGGAGCGGCACAAAUUAUGUUUACACGGAAAGUGAUGGCGAUGUUACUGUUGUCUACGCUUUUACACUUGAUUGGUUUUGUAUCGCCAGGAUGGUUCUUCAUGACGGUAAAGCAUGUCAAGCUACACGUAGGCAUUUGGUACGGUGUGAUUUGUGACGCAAAUGCUUGUUCAUCUGAUACCAUCGGAAAUUUAAACCAGACAUAUUUCAAGUUUAAAGAUUUAGAACCUUUGUCCAGCGUUUUGAGCAAAUACCAGGUUCUGGCGGCGAUUGCGCUGGCGGCAAGUCUGAUCUCAAUACUGGCGAAUAUAGUGCACAGAAGAACAAAUAAAAAGUUGAGAUCAAUGUGGGCUGUCGGUAUAUGUAUCAUAUGCAUCUUUCUCUCAGGCAUACUCGGUAUAGUCACUUCUGCCCAUUUUGCAAACAGACUUCGAUAUGCCACAAACUAUCUUGCCACGCUUGGUGAAGAGAACCCAUAUAGCGUUCCAUAUUCGAUCGUUUUCACGGGACUUGGUGGGCUUGUUGCAUUGAUAGCGUAUUCAAUUGUUGCUUACAACGUUGCCAUGGACAGGGACAGGAAAGAAAUUACCAACGUAAAUGAAGUAUACAGUUUACGCCAGAUAUGACUUUUAAGGGCAUUGAAAGUUUCAAGUCUUAAGGAUGAAGGAUACCUUGUACCCUUGGAAAAUUUAUUGAACAGUAGCAAUUCAAAAUACUUCCUGUAAUUAAAUGUUUUAUCACUGCAACAAUCUCACUUUUGUUUGUCCAUGUUCCUUCAAGUAAAAUAUUUAUAUAGGUUUGAAGUACAUGACUCUCUAAACGUUAUUCGUAUCAAAAGAAGAAGGAAAUUAUAAAUAUUUAACAAUUUUCUUCUUAUUUCUGUUUGAGUCUUGUCUAUAGAAGACUGCGUUGCAUUAGCUUUCUAAUAUAAGCUUAAAAUGUAUAUGUCACGCGACUCGUGUUUCCAUGGUAAUGCAUUUUCUCUCAUUUCUUAGCAACUACAAAUGAUAACGGGGUUUACGACAGCUUCAGUGC